ACUUGUUCUCCAAGAGUCCGAGGGACUCGGGUUAUCGCAGACAGACCUUUAUUAGCUGAACCCGGACAAGACCGAAUACCCGAAAAACUGACCGGUGACAUCCUCAGACUUUGGCUUCCGACCGAGUUUCUCGGCCGAGAGUAGUGGAGUGAUCCGAGUUUCACCGUUUCGUAUAACCGCCGAAAGUAGAGCUUCUGCCGCACUUCCCGGCACACGGACAUCUGACUGUCUUUCAACAGGUACCUCUGCUCCUUGAGCACAAUGCCCAGUUUUUCACCGACCCUCGUCGUAUUAGCUGUCCUCGUCGCGCUGGGGAAUCCGGAGCGCCUCCACUACGGGAACCCCGUCCUCAGAAAAUCGUCUCACCUCCUCGAUUCUUCAAUUCUGAUUCAUCAUCCUCAUCAGCAUCAGCGGCAGCCUGCGUCGUCGAAUGGGGAGGAUCAAUUUCAUUUGAAGCGUUUAGAGCGAGUGCGCUACGGAAAAGCGUUCAGACCCCAAGCCUUGCCUCUGGUUGCGGAAGCACCGCAUAGUGACGAAUGCAAGUACAAAAAAGAACCGUGGCAGGACUGCGACCCGAUCACUAAAUCGCAAACACGUCGACUUGUUUUGAAGAAAGGCAAUCCCGCAUGCGAACCCACAAAAGAAAUGACGCGCUCGUGCAAAGUGAAAGGGAGUGCUCAAGCCUCGGCGAAGAAAGUCGCGGUUUGUCGGUACAAGAAGGGUACGUGGAGCGACUGCGACAACCACACCGGGCUUAAGACUCGAACCGACUCCUUGAAAUUCAAUCGGCAUGCCCAGCCGGAGCAGACUCGUGUUAUCCGCGAGAGCUGCGAGCCGACCCGCGUGAUGACUCGGAAGUGCAAGGCCACAAAACUAGGCUGCAAGUACAACCGGGCAGCUUCCUGGUCCGAAUGCGACCCCCGAACGAACCUCCGCACCAAGGUCCUGAAAUUAGACAAGGCGCUCCGGAACGCGAACGACUGCGAGCCCGAGCGCCGCAUCACGAGAAACUGCCGGCUCGGGGACAAGUCCGGCAGGAAGAGUUCAAGUGAUGUUCAAGACGAAGACGAGGAGCAGAAGUAGGCGUUCUCGAGCCCUCAACUGCGAUGGACCCCAAUUCUCGAACCUACCCGCAGAUCUAUCCAAGAAGACACAUGAAUUUAUAUAAAUAUAUAAUAUAUAUAUUAUAUAUCUUACAAGAUAUUACAUGCUUCGUGUAAUAGACGUCAUAUACUA